AUGGGAAAAUGCUACUGCGACUAUUGCGACGUCUUCUUGACAAACGACUCAGUCGCCGUGCGCAAGCAACACAAUGACGGCAAUCGACACAAGUACAAUGUCUGUGAGUACUACCGCCAGUAUAUCGGACAGCAGCUCCAGGAACAGAUCGACCUCAUCGUCCAUCACUUUGAGCAACGUGUAGCAAGCGGCCUCCUAAUGCCAUCAUACGCUCUCCCGACUCCUAAAAUUGUCUCCCAGCCGCAGAAUGAGCUGGAUGCGAACAAACAGAACGCACGUGAAGAAGAGGCCAAGAAAGAGAGCGGAAAUGUUGAAGGUACAAAUCAAACUCUACGCAACAACGACGGACCUGCCAGCGCUCCUCUGUCGAGUCAGAACAUGUCAGCAUCCCCCGUGGCUGCCGCUGCCCCGCAAUCGUAA